AUGUCUUCUAUCGCGCAGUCAGCCAUUGCUAAGUUGAAGGAUGCCGGCUUGGGCGAUGUCUUACAUGUCCCUGGCGAAGAGGCCUACCAAGCAAAGGAGGGGUCUUUGGCACCGUUCUCACAGCGAUUAGGGCCCUGGGCUAUCGUACAGCCCCGAAACACAGAAGAGGUCUCUAAGGCGUUAAAGGCUCUGGUUAGCACCGAGGGCCUUAAAUUCGCUGUCCGAAGCGGAGGCCACAUGUGGGUGGAUAAUAGUAACAACAUCAAAGACGGUGUAACUAUCGAUCUCACUUUGCUGACGAAGCGAACUUACAACCCCGAAACAAAACUUGUGUCGCUUGAGCCUGGAAGUAGGUGGAAGGAUGUCUACAGAGAGCUGGUGUCGCAGGGACUUCUGGUUGUCGGAGGUCGCGAGGCUGAGGUAGGUGUCGGUGGAUUUUUGAUCGGUGGUGGUAUAUCAUUCUUCAUCGCUAGCAAAGGAUGGAGUUGUGACACAAUCGUCAACUACGAGGUUGUUCUAGCCGACGGCAGCAUAGUCCAGGCGAACAAAACAACGAACCCGGACCUAUACCUCGCGCUGAAGGGCGGCUCCUUCAACUUCGGUAUAGUGACACGGUUCGACAUGGAAUCUAUGGAAGCAAAGAAAAUAUGGUGUGGCAUGGCCGUAUACCCCAGAACCACCAGCGACCAAAUCGUCGACACUUACGUCGACUUCGUAAGCAACCUAGCUGCCAACCCGGAUGAUUACGCCUUCCUAUACUACUACCACGCGCCCCUAGUGAAGGACUACACGAUAAGUAUAAACGUGUCCGACGUCAACGGUGUCGAGAACCCGAAGCCCCUCCAGAAGUUCCUAACCCUCUCGAACCCUAUCUCGAAACCCGAGGACUUCAAAGUCAAGACGCUGUAUGAGAAGCUAGCGGACUACGUAGUCCCCUCGGCGAACUACACCAACUGGGAGGCCAUCACCGUACAGGUCGACGCCAGCGUAAUGCGCAAAGCAGCUACCGAGUACGAAGCCCUAAUAGAAAAGUUCCGCAAGGCGAUCCCCGACGACAACUUCAAAGCCCAAAUGGUCACGCAGCCGGUCCUCAAGUCGUGGGCCGAUAUUUCCGCCGCCAAAGGUGGAAACGUGCUUGGAAUCGAGAACCUGCCAGGCGACUGCGUCAACAUCCUUAUCGGGAUAGAAGUCCAAUCCCUCGAGCUGCGCGACCAAGUUGGCCGACCCGCGGUGAAAGCGCUGCUUGCCGCUGUCAAGUCCUUCGCUAAGUCGAUCAACAAGGACGCCGACUGGCUCUACCUGAACUACUGCACGGAUGACCAAGAGCCUUUCUCCACGUAUGGCGCGGAGAACGUCAAGAUAAUAAAGGCCGCGGCGGCGAAGUAUGAUCCCAACAGGGUCUUCCAAGAGCGGGUACCUGGUGGAUUCAAGAUCUCCAAGGCGUGA